AUGCACUUCGGAUAUUUUGAAACCCGCGGGGUGCUAAUUAAACAGGUUAGCAAUUCCGGCGUGCUGGAUGACGUCAAAAAAGAGUUCGCCAUCGGCGAUGAUAUGGCGGGCCUGCUUCAGACGGUGUUCGUGGUGGCAUAUAUGAUAUUCGCGCCUAUUUUCGGCUACCUGGGUGACAGGUAUUCGCGAAGGGCGAUCAUGGCGUUCGGAGUGGGUCUGUGGAGUGCCACGACGCUUAUCGGGUCUUUUAUACCGCAUUUCGCAACAUUCGCGGUAUUUCGUGGUCUUGUGGGCAUUGGUGAGGCGUCGUACUCAACGAUAGCUCCGACAAUCAUCAGCGAUCUCUUUGUGGGGAAUGUCCGGUCAAAGAUGCUUGCCUUUUUCUACUUCGCGAUUCCGGUUGGAAGUGGUUUCGGUUACAUAGUUGGCUCCGUAGCCGGUGCUAUGGCGGGAGACUGGAGAUAUGGCCUUCGAGUCACGCCCUUUCUUGGGGCGGCUGCUGUAGCCCUGAUGAUCUUUGUCAUGGAGAACCCUGAGAGAGGACAGGCGGAGGAUUGUCAUAUGAAACCAACGUCGUACCGCGACGACCUUAAGUCUUUAGUAAAGAAUCCGUCCUUUAUGUUGUCAUCCCUGGCGUUUACCUGUGUGGCCUUCGUGACUGGCGCUCUGGCGUGGUGGGGGCCACAGUUUAUAUUCCUGGGACUGACAUUACAGCCUAACACUGACAUUACGCUUGAAAGCGUGUCAUACAAGUUCGGACUGGUGGGAAUGUUUGCUGGGACGUGCGGAGUCCCGCUGGGUUCCGCCCUGGCCCAGCGCCUGCGAGCACGGUACCCAGACGUGGACCCGCUAAUCUGCAGCUUCGCCCUUCUGACCUCGGCGCCCUUGGUCUACUUAGCUCUUGUCGCCGUCACCGCGCUCCCAGCUUUCACCUAUCUACUUAUCUUCCUCGGAAUGGUCACCCUCAAUCUGACCUGGUCUAUCGUCGCAGACAUCGUUCUGUACGUGGUCAUACCACCAAGGAGAUCGACGGCUGAGGCAUUCCAGAUUUUAAUAUCACACAUGUUUGGGGACGCAGGCAGUCCCUACUUAGUUGGUGUUAUAUCCGAAGCCCUAAAACUCUACUAUUCAACACCGUCAGAGCCUGCUAGCAAAACGGCGGAAUUUCGUUCGUUACAAUACGCGUUAUUCGUAACUUGCUUCGUCGAAGUGGUCGGCGGGAUAUUCUUUCUCAUCACCGCGCUCUAUAUCGUCAGGGAUAAACUGAAAGUCGAUAGAGCUAUCGCUGAAGCCGAGGCGCAGAACACAGAGCCGUCUCACAGUAACGCGCAAGAGCCAUUAGGAGGAGAUUAG